GAAACAUGCAGAGUCCAGAUGCAAAUCGGCUUCCCGAGGUUGAUUCCUUGCCGGAUGGGUUUGUGGAGAGCACUACAGAUCCUGUUGCUCCUCCAACACCAUCUUCUGAACAAGAGAAACCCCCGAAUAACUACACGGAGGAUGGUUCCUCAGACCUCACUCGAACUCGUGAAUUAUCAAAUGAGUUGGGAGAAAAAGAGUUUCAAAACAAUCAUGACUACUCAGUGGAAGUUCAAAAUGAUAGCUGUAUGCGACAGGAAGAAGGCACUCAGAUUACACCUCCUGUGGCCAAGUCUGGUUCUGAUGCUAUGCAAUCUGGAUGCUGUACAGUGAAGGAUAAGCAACAUGGUGAAUCUCAAAGUUUAGAUAAAUCAACUGUUGAACCUUCGGAGACAAAAGCAGCAAAGGAUACAUCUUCACCAGAUAUGGUUGACUCUUCAAAAAACAGAAAACCAGAAACUGGUGAAAAGCGUAAGAGUGCAAAGCGUACACUUAAAUCAGAAAAGGAGCUUUUGGAGUUUUCACUGAAGUAUCAACAAGUGUUGGCAGAAAGAGAUGCUGCUCUUGCUGUUCGAGAUAAGCUUGAGUCACUUUGUAGGGAGUUACAACGUCAAAAUAAAAUGUUGAUGGAAGAAUGCAAACGUGUAUCGACCGAGGGGCAAAACUUGAGGCUGGACCUUUCAGCCAAGUUUCAAGAUGCAAUCAAGGAUGUGAGCAAUAAGCUUGAAGAGCGAAAGGAUGAGUGUCUUACUCAGCUUAAGGAAAAUGACAUGUUAAGAAACAAGCUAAAGCAGCUUGCUGAUCAAUAUGAACUAUCUGAACAGCAGUACGCCCAGAAGUUGAAGCAAAAGACAUUGGAACUUCAGCUCGCUGAUUUAAGAGUUAAGCAACACGAGGAAAAAUUGGUUCAGGAACAGUCUCAGAUUAAAGUAUAUGCAGAACAAGUGUCUCAGCUAUUAGCAACAGAAAAGAAUUUACGCAUGCAGCUGACGACUGAUGGGGAAAAAUUCCAACAAUUCCAGGAAGCCUUGUCAAAAAGCAAUGAAGUUUUCGAAACAUUUAAAAACGAAAUUGAGAAGAUGGCGAAAUCAAUCAAGGAACUCAAGAAGGAAAAUCAAUUCUUGAAGAGUAAAUCUGAAAAGUCUGAUAUUACGCUUAUAGAGUUAGUUGAUGAGCGCGAGCGGUUGAAGAAACAACUGGAGAAAACAACGAAACAGAAGGAGAAGCUUGAGUCGUUAUGCCGGUCGCUUCAGGCAGAAAGGAAGCAAAGUUCCUCUGAGAACAAAAGCAGCAACAAUUCAGUUUCAUCAUGAAGAAAAUAGUUGGUUCUAAGCACAUUCCUAGAGACUUGUGGAAGGAAAUGUAUCAUUCUAAUACUCUUUUUUUUGUAUCUAAUCUAGCAUGGCUUGUUUUGUCAGGGAACUUUCAUGCAAUCAUGUAAUUUCAUAAUUCUGAUUCUUUUGCUAUAAUACUAUCUUAUUAUAUUUUUCUUAAAGAUGCAAAGCAGGGUUUUUAGAACA